CCCUCCAGUUGGGUAAGGGUUACUAACAUGCAUGUAGCACUAAUUACAGUAUCAAGCAGUUGAUUGAACUAACAGAAUAUCUCAGACUCACAAACUUACUGAGCCCCUUGCCCUCAGGUUUGUCCGGCCUAACUUCUGCUGCCCAUCUAGAUGUGAGGCAAAUGGUGAAUAACCAAGUUCUCAGAAAGUGGACAAAAGAAGAACAAAACUGGACACUUGAAAUUCUCAGUUUGAAUUUUGGUGACAAAUGUUUGCAGGAAAACAGACCCUAAGCCCUAAAAAAUAUAUUAUAUAAUUGUUAGGAAUUAUGUUGCUAUCCAUUACAACUGAAACCGACAGUUAUUCACUGGAGGUUUCAGAGGAUUUGGAGCUGGAAAAUUUUAAAGCACUAUGUGAAGCUGAAGUUGCCAUACCACGCAGCACAAUGACUGUCAUGGUUAAUGGCACACCAUUAAUAGAUGACAAAAAGACCCUGAAGGAGCUAGGUGUUGCUGAUGGUGACCUGGUCCUCAUCCUGAGAACUUCUCCGCCCACCCAAGCAUCACUCUCCUCAUCCUUCCCCUCCUCCUCUAGUGUUCAUCCUGAUAUUGCACAAUUUGAUUUUUCAAGUAUCCAAGUUCCAAGCUCUACUCGGAGAUCUUCAGGAACGGUGGCACCAAGACAAGACACAGCCAGUCAAAGAUCACAAUCUAAGAAGAUUGUCAUUGCUGUGCAGAUGGUGAUAGACCUGGCUCAGAACCACCUGCAGAUUGGCACCACUAACACUAUCACCAAGUUCCUGUCUGAAGCAGAGCUGCCCGAGUGCGCCCGCCUCACGCAGGGCUCCGAUCUGCGUUCUGAGGAGGGCGUGCGUCGCGAGAGCGAGCAGCAGGCGCGGGAGGCGGAGGACCUCGCUCUCGCCAGAGCCCUGGCGGCCAGCGCCGGCGACGUCCCUGCUGACCCUUCCUCUGCAAUGGACGUGACGGGCCCGUCGUCUGCUGACGUGAGCCCGUCGCUGCCUGCAGGAGUGACGGCAGAGGACGUAGCGGAGCUGAUGGCGGUGGGGUUCACGAGGGAGGAAGUCCUGCAGGAGUUGCAGGACCACCGAGGGGACAAGACUAAGGCCCUCGCGGCGCUCUUUGCCAAGAAGUUCCUGCCUCAAUGAGGGGCACCGCUCAACUUAUAGUUCUUUCAACGCACCGCCUUGUGCUCUUUAGCAGAAAUAAAUACAAACUUCAUUAUUGUCGCUAUAGUUAGAAAUAAUUAUAGUUAGUUAUAAUUGAGAGUCAUCAAUUAUUUCUACCUCUUUUGGAGGAAUAAAUAAUACAAACUUGAUUAUUGUCGCUAUAGUCAGAAAUAAUUGAUACACAUAAAUUAUUUCUACCUUUUUAGGAGGAAUAAAUACAAACUUCAUUAUAGUUAGAUAUAAUUGCUACUCAUCAAUAAUGUCUUCUACGAACGCUUGCAAUAAUGGCGGGCCGAGUUUGGAGGAAACCUAAACUUAUCAGUGGGAGAUCUGACGAGAUUUUCCACAUCUAUGGAAUAGGUCAGAAGUGCUGAUGUUUUUUAUAUGUUGGUUUACUGGACAGGCUUAUUUCGUCUAUUAGAUUGUAACUCUCAAGAGAAAUAUAAGCAAGAUUCGUGUCAAAAAGUCGUCGUCUUCAAUCUUCUGCACGUCCAGGCACUGACAGGUUCUGACUAUUGGUGCAUGCAGCAGGUGGUGAUGGCAGGUCAGUGCAGAAGGUGGUGUUGGCAGGUGCUGGCUGGUACCAGCAGGUGGUAAUGGCAGGUGCUGGCAGUCAAUGGCCCUAAGGAUGGUCGGGGUGUAUCUUGCUAGUGGCCCGUUGGUGACACUCCGCCUUGCCGCAGCUGAGUGCUGCUGGCGGCCUGAAUGUAGCUUGGCGGCAGGCCCUGCAAGGAGGUAUCCUGCUGUAAGGGUUGAAGCUCUGUGCGGCGCGAGAUUAUCCCACUCAUUAUUUUGAGUAUUCACUCCUUACGUUUAAAUUAUUGCAUUAAUUAUAAGACUUCUCCUGCCGUAGUAUUAUGCUACCCGCUACCCGUGCUGAGUUAUGACAGCUUAGCAAUGCUAUUCCUUCCCCUUUUGCAAUUAAGUUUAGGAGCAAGUUUAGUUUAGUUUAGUGGUCAAAUGUUUACUAGCGCUUCAGCUAUUU